AUGUCUUUCAUCAAACGUUUGUCCCUGCAGAAGCUCCGCAAAAACAGCUCGUCGCCUACCAAGAACAGCCAGCAGCCGCAAGCACAGCACGUCGAACAGCAAGAGCAACUACCGGAAGAGGACGUUGUCAUCAACGGCACCAGUACCACAGACAUGGAGCCUUUACCAACACCAGAGAAGCAGACAGUGCUCCUUCUGCACGCGCCAAAGCAACCAUACCAGCUCACAGAGGACUAUCCCGUCCCACAAUUAGAGGGUGAGCACGAUGUGCUUGUGAGGACACAGGCCAUUGGGCUUAAUCCCAUUGAUUGGAAGGCACCUGACUUCAACUUUGCCAUUCCUGAACUACCAUACAUCUCUGGUCGUGAGUGUGCAGGUGAAGUUGUUCAGACUUCUAGGAAAGACUCGAGGUUUAGGCCAAGGGAUAGGGUCCUCGCCAUCUCCACCGACUACCGUGACCUCCGCAAAGCUACCUAUCAAGAAUACGUCAUCUCCUUCGACUACAACACCGUCCGCAUUCCACCCUCCCUCUCCCCUGAAGAGGGCUCCACUCUUGGCGUAGCCUUCGUCGCCGCCGCCCUUUCCCUCGGCGUGUGCAUGGGCGUCGACUUCUCCUCCGUCCUCUCCGGCCCCGAUCUCUUCUCCCUGCUGCGCUCCUCCGUGCCCCAAGAUUCCCUAGCAGAGGACAUCCGCUCCGAAUGCCUCGACGGAAUCCGUUCCCAUGAGCGCGCCAAGGCAGGCGACUGGGUAGCCGUAUGGGGCGGAAGCUCAACAAGUGCCAACCUAACGAUCCAACUAGCUAGGCUUGCCGGUCUGAAAGUCGUGACGAUAGUCGAUAAAGCCAAGCAUGGCCUGAGACUGUCCAACCACGAGGUACUCAAGGCCGAUUUGUUGGUGGAUAGCCACGACCCUGAACGGGCAGUACAAAUCAUCCGCCAGAACUUGAAGGGCAAACUCCGUUUUGGCGUGGACACCCGCGGUCGCGAGAGCGCUACUUCGCUGCUUCAUGCGCUUUCGCCGGAUAAUGUUGACUCGCCUCCUCUAUCGGCUGGCGAGGCGCCACCGUCGCCGCCGGGGACACCUAAGGAGGAGACACUCCUGGGCGCACACCUGAUUGGGCUUACUGGCUUGCCCAAGCAGACAGCACCGGAGGGAACUUUGUUCCAUACGGUACCAUUCAAGCUGUUUCACGAAGUGCCAGAGGUGGGAGGAGCGUUGUGCCAGUGGUUGGAGAGGUUAUUGGCUGAGGGACUGGUGAAGGCGCCGGAGAUUAUUGAUGUUGAGCAAGGGAUGGGGAGUAUUAAUAAGGGACUGGAUAGGAUGAGGAGGGGAGAGAUCAGUGGUGGGAAAUUGGUCGUUAGGGUGGCUGAAUAG